AUGAGAAUUUUAUUUUAUCAAUAUACAUUAAUACUUUCAAUAAGUGCAGUUAUAUAUAAAAUAGAUUAAAUUACAGCAGUCAAAAGGCUAGUGGUUAAUUGGAAUUAAUAAAGUUUGUUAAUAGGAAGCUUUUCAAAAUAUGUACCUUUCAAUAAUUUUGAAAGCUUAGGCGAAAUUUCUAGAAGUGAAACUAAUUCUCAAUUAAUUUAUGCUGGUCUUGAUUUAGAUAAUUAGAAUACAAGGCUUCUGCAUUUUGUAUCAUUUGAUGAGCAAAAUAAAUAAAUUAAGCAUGUAAUAAAAAUUUAGACAUUAUCACAAUAAAUUUAAGAAGAAUUUAUAGUGGACAAUUAAAAUUAUGAAGGACUAUGGAUAGCUCAAUACUUGUACUUUAAGGGGUAAUAAUUGAUGGUUGGCAUUAAAUAAUAAAAUGGAUUUCAAUAAAAAUAAAUUUCUUCUGAUUAAUUUACACAGAAUUAGUUUCUUUUAAUUCUUGGUGGUAGUUUGAAGGUAUAUAAUAAUUUUAUUUUAGAUCCUAGAUACAAUUCCAAAUUAAACUCUUCUAUUAAGCAGUUUUCCAGGAAGCUUGACUUUUUUUUUAGAAUAAGAUCUUUCAAUUUUAGAUGAUAUCAAUUUUAUCGAGAAAUGUUUCCCACAAUAAAAUGAUUAGUUAUCUGAUUACUUUUCUAAUGACGAGGGUAUGUACACAGAAUUUUAAACUGAAAAUGAGUAUGUGAAUUCAUUCUUUUUAUAAUUUUGGAUGAAAAUAAUACCAUCAAAAUUAUCCUUGAAUCACAUUUUAAGAUUGUCUAUAAAUAAAUCCUCUAAUUUUAUAGGGUAAAUAGGCAGCAAUAGUGUUAUUAUUAAUUAUGAAUAUUAGUAAGAGGAUUUGUUUUAUUAUGUUGAAUAUUAUUCAUAUGAAUUCCCAAUAGUAAAUCCAUCUUAAGAGAAUCCUUACAAAUAGUUUAUUUAGGAAUCCAUUUCAUAUGAAUUUAUAACUGAUUGGCAUUUAAUUUAAGUGAAGUACAUUGAGAAAAAACUAAUGGUUUAAUUAGAGAAUUUCAUAUUAAAAGAGUAAAAAAUAAAGAUCUUUGAUAAUGUAAAUUAAUUUACAAAUACAAAAAUGAAGAUUUAUUUCGGAGGAAAUGAAUAUGAAAUAAGUAACAACAAAAUAGAAAUUGCAUCUGUCAUAUAUGAAAAUUGUUUAGACAAAAAUCAAUAAAUAUAAUAUUGCCAUUAUAGCUGUAAGACUUGUUUUGGACCAUUUAGAUAUUAAUGCUUGAGUUGUUCGGAUCAUUAGAAUAGGAUAUAUGAUCCUAUUAAAAAGAGUUGUAAUUGCUAACUAUGGUAUUAUGAAAAUUAGGCUGAUCAUAUUUGUAUGGGAUAAGAAUAGAAAUAGUACAUAGAAACAAUAGAAUAUCUUAAGAACGAUCCUAGUUAUGAUGAAAAUGAGUAAUUCAGAACAUGUGCUUUUGGUUAUUUUUUAUACAAAGAUGAGUGUAUUUAAUGGUAUGAAUUAAAAAUCAUCAUAGUCCAGCGGCCUCAUAAAAACAUUUAAUUUCUUGCAUUACAUGCUUGAUAGAUCCUGAUAAUUGGAUUUAUUAUGGUUAUUGUGAUAGUUAAUAUCUUGAAACACAAGGAAUUGAAAACGCUGUGUUUUAUUACUUUAGGUCGAAUAAAUUUGAUCCAUAGAGAUAAUUUAUUUUAAUAGAUAAUUAAUUAUCGUCAUGUGGAUUUUGUAGUAGUUGCGAAAGUUUGAAUGAAUAUAAUUAAGAUAGGUGUUUUUUAUAUCCUUUUAAAAAUUUAGAUCAACCUUAUUACAUAUCAUGUAGCUUUGGAUAUGAUGCUGAAACUUAUCAAUGCAAGUUUAAUCCGGAUCCGUAUUUUUUUGUGUAAUGCGAAGAAAAUUGUGGAGCAUGUGAUUUUACUGGUAGUUGCAAAUAUUGUAUAAAUCCAACCGAAUAUUUCUUUACUUGGGAAAGAAAAUGUAGACGAUGCAAAGUAAAAAAUUGCAAAUAUUGUUUCUAAUAUAACAGAUAUGACCAUAGCUAAGUAUCAGUGAAUUCAGACAUAGCUCAAGUUCUAAUUUCAAAAAAUGAAGAAGAUUACAUUAUGGCAUGUGCUCUAUGUAAUUAAGGUUACGUAUUCAAUUUUUAGAUAAAUGAAUGCGUAUUAAAAUAAAUAAAUUAUCCUUGCAUUAAUGGUUAUAUAAAUGAGGAUUUGCAAUUUGUUUGCACAAAUAAUUUAGGAAUCUUCAAUUAACAAGAAAACAAUCUUGUUUCAGAAUUUCAUGAUUGCUUUAAAUAUUUUCUUAAUUGCUUAUCUUGUAUUUAAGAUAGUUUUAAGAUGUUGUAUUGUAUCACUUGCAUUGAUGGAUAUUAUUUAGAUUAUCACAAUGGUCUUUGUAUGCCUUGUGAAGAUAAAUUCCGAAAUUCGAGUAAAUGCAGUAUUGAAACUUCAACCUAUGAUUCUUGGAAAUAUGAUUUAGUCAGCUUUUAUUUGAAUUUUAUACCAAAUAGUACUCCUAUAUAGGUGAUUGGAUUAUAUUAUAUAACUAAUUAUAUACUUAUAGAAUGCAAAGAAGGCUAUAUUGAUGCUUAAUCAAAUUGUAUUCAAAAGAUGGAGUCUAAUUGUAUUGUUUGGAGUCAAAAAGGUGAAUGUUCUAAAUGUUAAAAUUUAGACCAAGAGAAUGAUGCUUAAUCCUUUUUUGAUAAUAAAUGUUAAAUAUGUCCUUAUCCAUGUAGAUUUUGUCUUCCUAUAUCUGAUUCUAAGAUUUAUGAAAUAAAUCCGUAUUUUAUCAUUAAUUCGGAUUCUAAGGCCUAAACAUAUAAGUGUUUGCUAAAUUUAAAUCAAAAUGAAUCAUUUAUUCAUCAAUAAUCUGGGUAAUAAAUGCCAAAGGACACAAACAACAAAAAAAUAUUACGUACAAUACAACAACCAGAAUUUCCAAAUUCUCCUACAUCUAAUGCUUAAAACUAUAUUGAUUUAGAAUAUUUAAAAAGAAGAAAGGUAACUACUUAUAUCGAUAAUUAUAAUGCAUUCAGACAAGAAGACCCUAUAAACUUAAGAUCAGUACUGUUUUUUCUUUUUAAUUCUACUGUUUUAUACGAUGGGUUUAAUGAAACCUUUCAUGAAAAAUAGAUUUCCAUCUAUAAUUAAACAACAGUCACUUUAUAAAAUGUUAAAUUUUUCUCUUAAAAAAACCUCGUUAUCAUUUCUUCUAUACUAGGUGUUAGUAUUUACAUUAAUAAUAUUACUUUACUCAACUAAAUAAGAGAUAGCCCAAUAUUAAUAAUAACAAAUUUUACGCACUUACUUUUCUCAAAAUUAGAAGCAUAUGAUUUGACUUUCUCAGAUGCCUCUCUCCUUAAUUUAAACAAAAAUGACAAUUUAACUAAAUUUUAUCCUUUAGUAAUUCAGGAGAUUAUUUUAAAAAACUGUGUCUUUAAAAAUAGUUCUUUAAUAUCUCUUUCUUCAAAGUUUUAAUCAAUUGAAUAGAUUAUAAUCAAUAAAAUAAUUCUAGAUAAUUGUUCCUUUGAGAAUUUUGAAUUAAUUAAACUGGAAGGUCAGUUCAUAGUUGUUAAUAAUUUUGUAUUAGAAAACCUAAAAAUUGUUAGUUCUAAUUUUACAAAUAGUUAAUUUUUAUUAAUUCAAAAUACUAACUUUAGUUUGCUAGGUGGAAUAAUUUUACAAGGUUGCAAACUGAGUUAAACUACAUUAAUAUCACUCAACCCAUAUAGCACAUUAAAAAAAAUAUAAUUUCUUAAUACUUAUUUGGAUAAUUCAGUUUUCUUAUUUUAUACUGAAACUAUUAAGUUUGGAUACAUACAUAAAAUAGAUGACAUUUAUAUGGAGGAUAUCUUAAUUUAUGGUAUGAAUCCAAUCAAAAUUUCUCAGAACUUACAUGAAUCUUCCUCAAUUGAAUUGAAUAAAAUUACAUUAAGUUAAAUAAAAUUUAAUUAUCCUCUUUAAAAUUUCAUGCAGGAAAAUAGAGCAAUUUGUAUAUUCGAUUUAUCGAGCAAUAACAUAGAUAUAUCCCUACUAAGGAAUGAUUAGAUCAAUAAUUUUUGGAUUUUGUGUAUUAACAACUCAAACGUAAUUAAUAUAGAUAAUAUUCAAAUAAAUUCAAUUCAAGUAUUUUCAUCUGAUUCAAUUGAAAACACUUCAAAAUCGAGUCUAAGUCCCUUAAACUCGGGAUUACUUUAUUUAAAAUAAGUGCUAACAGCUACUUUUUCAAACAUUAUUAUAAGAUCUUAGAGUCUAAUUGAUUCAUCUAUGAUUUAUAUCAAUUCAAAGAAUGAACAAUAAAUAAAAACUCAAUCACUUUCAUUUUCAAAUAUUGUAUUUGAAAAUAAUAUGUUGGUUAAAACCUAAAGCUUUUCAAUAACUACUCUACUCUAUCUAGAAUUUGAAGGUAAAUGUAUUAUAUAGAUUUCUGAUAUCACUUUUAUUAGAAAUUAUGUAUUACAUAAAAUUUUCGAUUGCUUUACAAUAUCCCCAAGCCUUAUUUGCAUAAUAGCCUAAUCUUUGGCUUAAUUAAAAAAUGCUAUAUUUAAAGAAAAUGAAUAUGUGAAUUCUUGCUUUUCAUCAUUAUAUAUCAAAUCAUCAGAAAUUUAAAUGGAAUUUAUUAAGGCGUAAGGUAUUAAUGUAUUUGAUUUUGAUUUAACAAGAUAUUUGUCUUCAAAUAAUAAUUUUAACUAUGGAGGUUUCUCCUAUUUAUAAGGUUCCUAAAUUACAAUUUUCAAUUCAAAUUUUGAAAAUGCAUUGGUUUAAGAAACUGCCUAUUUUAAUGUUUAUCUAUAAAAUGAAGGUAAUAUGAUUAUUAAUAAUACUACAAUUAGUAGUAUAAUAGUUUCAACUACGUUAGAUAAUAAUUAUAAUGAAGCAUUAUUUGUGAUUGACAGUACGAAUUCAAAUCUAAAUAUUGACAUCAAUAAUAUGUAAUUUUAGAAUAUUCUAAGUCGAUAUACAUCUGGUAUCUUAAAAAUUAAUCCCUCCAAAAGUAAAAACUAACUUAGGUUAAAUAAUAUUGUUGUAGAAAAUGUUUUAUCUAAAGAACAAUACUUUUUAGAUUUGAUUUGCACAAAUAAUGUUGAUAAUUCAGUAGAGAUUUCUGACUUUUCUUUGACCUUAGAAAAAACCUUUUUUAAGAAGUACCAUGAAUUUGUUUAUAUUGAUGAUAAUCCCAACUAAUUAUCUUAAAUAGAUAUUUAAGGAAUGAUUGUAAUUACUAAUAGGUAUGAUUAAACUAAUAAAUAUGUAGCUCAAUAAUAUUGUCAAGGUUGCAUUUUAGUGGUUUUGCUCCAAUUACAAUUUUAUGUCUAGAAGAUGCUCCAAAAGUUAUUAUCAAUCUUCUAGUUUUUGAAUAAAUAGAAGUAGCAACACAAAAGCUUAAUAUUAUAAAUCACUAAUAUUCUGGAAACUAAUCAAAAAUAAUCAACAUGUACCUUUGUUAAUUGGUAAUAAAAGACACACAUCAAAAUCCUAUGAUUCAUGUAGAAUCUUUCUUUGAAAUCUAAUAAAAUUUUCCUAAGAAAUUAAUUCUAAGAGACUUUCUAAUUGUUAAUAAUACAUGUUCGACUUGUCCAAGUGGGUUGAUUUGCUUCAAAUAGAUUAAAAACCUUUUUCUUAAUAAUUUGAUAUUCUACUAUAAUCAAUGUGGAUUAUUGUCUUGUUUGGUGCUUAAUCAUGUGAAUCAGAGUGUUAUCUUAAAAAAGAGUAGAUUUAUUAAGAAUUCUGGAACUCAUGGAGGAGCUAUCAAUGUAUAAGUUAAUAAAAUAGAGAUGACCAAUAUUUUGUUUAUGUAAAAUUCUGCUGAAAAUGGUGGGGCUCUAUAUUCAUAAUCUUCUUUUACGAAAUUAGAGACAUUAAUAUCAGAUUUAUAUCUAAUUAAAAAUACUGCUGAUUUUGGAGGAGCUAUUUAUUUAGAAAAUCGCAAUUUUAAACAAGAGGAAUUGUUGAAAGCUUAUUUAAUAGAAAAUAAAGGGAAAACUUAUGUAGACAAUAUCAAAGAAGACCCAUCCCAACUCAAAUUAUCCAUUUUUAACUAAGAAUUGGAUACCAAAUCAAUAGCUAAUAUGGGAUAACCUGACUUUGAAAAAUAUAAACUUAAAACCAAUACCAUUUACAUUCCAAGUGGACAAUAAAUUAGUAAUUAUAGUAUUCAGGAUUUAGAAAAGCAAGUUUUCUAAAUCUACAAUUUAAAUCCAAAAUUAUAUGCUAUCAAUAACUUAGGAGAAAAAUAAAUCAAUUUAUAGGGAUAUUAAUGUGUAUUAAAAAAAUUAAAUGAAGAUGGAAUAUUAUAUUCAAAUCAAGAAUAAAUAAUACCUUUUGAUUUGGAGAGCUAAUCUUUUGAUUUUUCAAAUUUAAUUAUAAGUCUAGAUCCUUAUUUGAAAUCUGAAACCAUUUUUGUUUUUGAUUGCAAUUGCUUUAAUGAGUCUUAAUAUAAGUUUUAUUUAAGUGUUAAGUCUUUUCCUUGUUAAAUAGGAGAAUUUUAUUAUUUUACUCAAUGUAUGAAAUGUGACGAAUCUAAAGGAUUUUAUUCAGUUGAACCUAGAGCUACUUUUUGUUAAAAAAUAGACCCAAAUAUCAUUCAAGCUAAUACAGCAAGUGAUAUCUAGUUAUAACCAGGAUUUUGGAGGUCUAAUUAUAGAAGCAAAUUUAUCAAUAAAUGCACAAGAUAGAAGACCUUAUGUCUUGGAGGUUGGAAGCCUGGCGAUGAAUCUUGUAGUCUAGGUUACAUUGGAGCAUUAUGUGAGGAGUGUGAUAUAUACAACAUCAAAGGAGAUGGCCAGUAUUUUAAAAAUAGGAACAGUAAAUGUGUUUUUUGCAGUGAAUUCGGAUUAUCUAUAUUCAUAUCACUGUUAUUUGGAUCAUUGUAUUAAUGUUCAUUAUUUAUUUAGAACCAUAGGUUCAAUGAUACUUACUGUAAGCAGUGUAAACACCAUUUUUAAAAGCUUUCUUAAAUUUAAAUUAACCUCUAAACAUUAUAAGAUUUUAUUUAAUCAUAGCUUAGGUAAAAAUUAAUUAUAUUUAGACUAAUCUGCUGCCUUAAUUAAAACAGUUGUCAAUUACUUUUAGAUUUUAGUCAGAAUUAAAUCAUUUCAUUUAGAACUCUAUUUUAAUAUUAUCGAUGUACUUACUCCUCUAAGUAAUCCUAUUAGCACAUAAUCCUAUACUUAUGAAUGCUUUUUAAGUCAACAAACAGAAUUAUAGAUUAUAUACAUUAGUCUCAUUAUUAACUUGUUGGCACCAAUCUUUUUCUAUUUUAUAUUUUUAUCUAUAUACUUAAUUUUGAUAUAGAAAAAGAUGCUAAAAUUGACACCAACUAUUUAUGCAACUGCCAUAUUUUAUUUAUUUUUUUAUGCUCAACCAAACAUCAUUCUAGAAUUAGGAGAAUUGAUUACUGCGAGAAAUAUAUCUGAAAUUUCAUACAUAAAUCGAAAUGUCUCUAUACUUUACUUUACAAGCACUCAUAUUUCUUGGGUCUUAUUUUUUAUAACCCCAAUUUUAUUGAUAACUGGUAUCAUAAUCCCUAUGAUAUUAUUCCUCAUAUUAUAUAACAAAAGAUACAAUCUUAAUCAAGAAAAAGUCAGGAAAAUAUGGGGAUACAUAUUUAAUGAUUAUAAGGAAUCUUCAUUUUAUUGGGAAAUUUUUAGAGUAUCUGAAAGAGAAAUUUUAUUGUUAUCUCUCAUCAUAUUUGAGGAAUAAAUUGAAAUUAAAGUUAUUUUAACAUUUUUGAUAUUGUUUUUGUAUCACGUUAUUGUUUUAAACAAAAAACCUUUUAAUAUGGAAACAUUAAAUCGAUUUGAAUAAAAGUGCAUUACAUUAUCCAGUUUGAUUUUUCUGAUUUGUGGAAUUAAAUAUCAAGUUUAGAUAUUAUAAAUACCAUCAAUUGAUUUCAUUUUGCAAACAUUACUACUAAUUGUAUUCAUCAUAUUUUUUUACAUUUUAAUAAAACAAACAAUUUCAACAUACUAUCAGAAGUAUACUGAUAGAUUAGAUGGUAUUAGGAAAAGUAUAUUAUAAAGAUUCCCAAAAAUCUUAAAAAUAUGCCCUUUUUUGAGAGAUUAUCUUAAAUUAAGAGGCUAAAUAUAGAUCAAAAUUAAGUCAAGAGUUAAAUUAAUUAAGGAAUCUUUACUCAUGAAUAAAGGAGAAAAUAUAAUGUCAAGUUAGCAUCAAAAUCUACUAUCAUGUUCCUUGUAAAAAAGCAUUUAUCCUGAAGAAUAACCUUUAAAUUUUUCAAAUCUUUAGCCAUAUUAAAAAAAAAAUAACGAAAAAGAUAAAUCACAGUUUGUAAAAGAUUUAGUUCCUUUUAUUUGA